CUGCGGCACAGAGAUAUGCGUAGAACUUGGUAUCUAUUGGUAAUAUCAACUAGCCAUACCUAACAUAUGAAGGUUUACCAGAAUGCCGAGUGACUUCCUUCAGCGUCAGCCGAGCUCAGACUCUUGACAGAAAUAGGAUGAUAUCAUUUGAUAAAAGUGGAGUAUCGCUUGGUUACCUAAGGUCCCUUGCAGAUAGGAACCCCGAGUGGGCUUCUACUCAACAGGUCAUUGAAAAACUAAAUCUCCCGGAGGAAGCAGCGGCUGAUGGCCCCUUCAUCCAGCUUGUCCCGGAUGAGCACCGCGGAGCGCCUUGCUGCGUCGCGGUGCACGCUUGGUCUGCCAACUUCCGUGCAUUUGUCAAGGCGCUAGUCCAGGCCCUUCCAGGAGCGGACGACAGCUCCUUCUAUGUCUGGAUUGAUGUAUUGGCCUGCAACCUGGACGACUUUGAUGACAAUGAUCGCCUGGAUGCAGCAUCUCAUGCAGCCACCGCACACACCGACGUCGUUAUUCCCACAUCUGGACCGUCAGCAUCUGCCUUUAAGGCCUAUCGCGAAGCGAUUCAGCAAAUCAUAAGCCAUCCGCCAUCUGGGUCGUCGCCUGCCGUUCAGCCAGGCUUCCUUGCGGUCGUACUGGACGCAAACGUUGCCGUACUUUCCUCACCCUUGUGCCUGUACGGCAUCUGGCUAUGCAUAAAGCAACACAUUCGCGAGUCCGCCUCCCCUAUAAAACCGCCAACGGUUGAUACGCAGCCCGAGUCGCAGCCCCAUCCCCAAUCCCAGCCAACAGAGCAAACCUUGAGAAGCCCUUUCAAGGUGCUAUGUACGGCGGGCCUAGACGUCUUACAGGCCCAUUUGGCAUGGGAGGAGCUCAGCCUGCUCCAAACCGCGCCGAACGUCUCCGAAACCCUGCAAUCUCUCAUCGUUGAGGAGGUCGCGUCGGAGAAGUCCCUAAAGCUGCCGUCAGCUGUGACGGCGGCCGGUCUUCGGACAUCCAGGAUGCGGAGUACGGCAAGCACGGGCAGCGGCGGCGGCAGCCGCGGCGGGACUGGAACCGGCGAUGGCAGCGACUUGGAUCCAGACGUGGAGGCGCGUGUCAUUGCCGCCGAUGCCGCCAUUAAGUUUUACUUUCUCAAUAACUUGGAGCAGCGUGUGGAGCAACUGACAGCGGCCGCAGCGGCGAUUGAGGCGCCCAAAGUGGAGGAGAAGGCGGCACCUGCGGCAGGGGAAGCAGCGGGUGUAGAAGCGGACAACCCACCGCCAGUCGUCGAGCCUGAUGCUGCCACCGCCGCGGCUGCAGCCACGGCUGAGACAGCAGCGGAAGCGGCGCCAGCCGUCCCCUUGCCGCCGCCGGAGUUAAGCCCCUCGACGGAAACCCCUGCCGCCGCCGCCUCCGAGGCCCCUCCAGCAACUGACACCGAGGCGACAGCCCAGGCAGCAGCAGCCCCUGCCGAACCAGCGGAGCCCGCAGCCCCUGCCCCCGUCGCAAGCGGCGACGCCACUGCUGCAUCCGCCGCGGCGGCGCCCGCCUCGGAACCGGCCCCAGUGACGGCAGCAGCAACGGCGGCGGCGGCAGAGGAUGCGCGUACGACACAGCUUGAGGCCCUCGCGGCCGCCAGUGACGCAUUCGGCUGCUUCGUCUGGGCCGCCGGCCGCCCCGCUGACGCCGAGCCGUACUUCCGUCGCGCGCUAAAGCUUCGCGCUGACGCCGCCGCCGCCGCCGUCGCUGCUGGCGUGGCGGUCGGCAGCGGCGGCAAGGGUGACAUCAGCAUCAGAGGCGACGACGCAUCUGAAACCGCCCCGAAACCAUCCACUGCCCCACCCGCUCCUGCUGACGGAGCGGUGCUUCCAGGUGAUGGCGUCCGUUCAAAUUCCGACCUUGCAUUGCUGAGUCAGCAUGCAGCUUCGCACCUGGGCGCAGUGCUGCACGUCCUGCCGUACGUCGUUCGUCGCGGCGGCGGCAGUGACGGCGAGGCUGAAGGCGAGGAGUCGGAACGGCUGUUAAGGGCCGCGCUAACGACGUUAGAGGCCAUGCCGAAGCACCCUGGCGCAGGCGAAAAGGCAGCGGCCGAAGCCGACGGCGCUAGCGGCAAGGACGCCGCCGCCGCCGUCCUGACGCCGUCGCUGCUGGCGGCGCAAGUACGGCACUUCCUGGCUCAGCUCCUCAGCUUGCGCGCUGCCGCCGCCGCCGCCAGCACCAGCAAGGAGGUUGUCGGCUGGGCUGACGGCUACUGCAGCAACAACAGCACCGGCGACGGUAGCGGCAUCAGCGCCGUCGGCGCUGGCGGCGGCGUCGGCUUCCGGCCGCCGUUGUACGGCACGGCAUGCAUGCAGCUGCCGUACCCGGCGGCGGAGCCGCCGGCGGAGGUGACGAUGCUGUUGGCGGCGGCGCUGCCGGUUUUCGAAUCCGCGUACGGCAACGAACAUUUGCUGACGGCGGCGUUGAGUUGCAGUUUGGGUCAGCUGCUGAAGUCGAAGGGACGCCUAGCGGAGGCGGAGCCACUUCUACGGCGGGCGGUGACUGUACGGCAGAGGAUGUACGGCCCGGCACAUCCGGACACCUUGCGUGCCGUACAACUGCUCGCGGGACUGGAGGAGGAGCAGGGUAACCUGUUCGAGGCGGAGUCGCUGCUGCGCGCCUCCGCGGAGGCCGCUGCCAGCCAGCUGGGACCCGACCAGCCGCACACCGCAACCGCGCUUGCCAAUCUGGGACUGUUGCUGAAGAAGACCGGCAAGCUGGGCGAGGCGGGCGAACUCUUCUCCGCGGCUCUGGACCUGCGUGAGCGGCAGGCGGGCACCAGUGCCAGCCUGGCCACUGCCGCGUGUCUGCGGGAGCUGGCGGAGGUGCGGCGGCAGGAGGGGCGCGAGGAGGCGGCGGAGCAGCUCAUGAGGAGGAUCUUAGACAUUCGCGAGCUGGUGCUGGGCCCCUCGCACCCCGCCACCGCGGCCGCCCUGGCCGACCUGGCAGCGCUGCUGGGGGGGCUGGGCAGGUGGGGGGAGGCGGAGCUGCUGAUGAGGAGAUCCCUCUCCGUACACCAGAGCGCCCUGGGUCCCACCCACUCCGACACCGCUGCCGCUACUCGGGACCUGGCGCGCGUGCUGGCGGCGCGGGGGCGGCUGGAGGAGGCGGAGGCGCUGUACCGCCGGGCACUCAAGGUGAUGGAGUCGGCUCUGGGUCCCGAGCACCCGGAGACGGUUGCGACGCUCAACCUGUUGGCGUUGCUGCUCAAGGACGGCGGGCCGGAGAAGGUGGCGGAGGCGGAGGCCUUGUUCCUCAGGGUCCUCAACGUUUGCUCCCUGGCCAAGUCCUCCAAGCAACAGCCACCCCCAGAUACCACAACCACCACCAUCGCAACCGCCGCCACAACCGACACACCUACAACCACCACCGACGCUACCGCCACCACCUCCCAGCCCCCCUGCGCCCCUCCCGCACCCACCUCCUCCACCACCGCCCCCUCUCCACCUCCUCCCGCUGCUCCUCCCGCCACCACCUCAACCACCACCACCACCACCACGACUCCCACCCUGGACCACAACCGACCCUCGGGUCGGCUGCGUCGCGCUUCACUCGUGUCCCUGCGCGGCCUGGCGGAGUUGGCAGCCGCCGCGGGGCGGUUGGGUGAGGCGGAGGAGCUGUGUUGCCGGCUGCUGGUGGCGAGUGAGGAGGAGCUGGGGCCGGUGCAUGCGUCCACGUUGGAGAGCGCGGAGAUGCUGGCGGCGGUACUGCGGGCGCAGGCCAUGUACGAGGACGCGGCGGAGUUGUACGCCCGCCUCGUGGAGACGACUGUGGAGGAGCUGGGGGAGGAGGCGCCGGAGGUGGCCAAGUACCUGGGCUUGUAUGAGGAGGCAAAUCGCGAGUUCGAGUCAACCCGCGAGCCGGACCAGGAAGCCAAGACACAGCAAGAUUCCGACCAACAACAGCAACCACAACAGCAACAGCAACCACAAGAGGAGGAUGACGACACCACCUCCCUGGCAGCCUCCUCUACCGCCGCCACCAUCGACAACGGCAACCUGCCAGCCGGUGCCUCUCAGCAGGGACACCAGCAGGGGCAUCACCGCAAUCCCAGCGUCGUGAGCGGCGCUUCCGCCGUCUCCUUCCUCCUCGGCUCCUUCAUCCAGAUCGGCGGCAACGGAAAUCGUGUCGUACACAAGCCGUCGCCGCUGGGGGCUGCGGCCAGCGGCGGCGGUGCUGCCGCCGCCGCCACCACUGGCGGCGCCGGUCGCCGUCGUGCCAGCACCGUCGGCGGCGCUGGCGGCGGCGAGGGCGAGGACGGCUCCGUACGUCGUUCUUUUGCGUCAUUUGUCGGUCGUAGGGGCAGUUUCGGCGGCCGGUCAGCGGACAUGCGCAAUCACUUGGUGGUCACUGGCCGCGCUCAGAGCAUUGUUCAGCGAGUGCAUUCCUCCCUCGUCGCCUCCGGGCGCAUUAACACGUCCUCCAGCGGUGGCGGCGCCGCCUCCGUCACAGGUGUUCCAACCAACCCCGGCACAGUAGCGCGCCCCAGUCGCUUUCAAGCUGAAAGUGCGGCAGGUGGUGCCGCUAAUGCGGCCAACGGCGCCAACGGUGCCGCCGCCGAAGGCGGCGGCGGCGGCGGUGACGGCGGCUCCGCCGCCGCCACGGCGCCCUCACGCAGCAAUGAGAAGGACGACGCUGACGGGGCCCUAACUACCGUCUCCCCGGGACUUCCGGAUAUGGGACCUGAGGCGUCGGCACUGGCCGGCGCCGCCAACGUUUCCCUUGACACGCCGCCGCCGCCGUCGGCGGCGACGGCGGCGCAGGCAAUGGUCGUACUGACGGUAGCGCCGCGAGCCUCGCGCGACGGCUUGGCGGCGGGCCGGGGUAGUAGCGCCGGCAGAGGCGGGGAGAAUGGCAGCCGGCCAACGUUAAAUAAGGCCCAAUCGAGCCGCAGAAGCUGGGGAGAACAUGGAGAGGAGGCGAACAUGCCGUACGGCAGACGGAAGAGUUCCGAGCUGAAGCCGCUGUCUCGUCAGAAGCUGCUGAAGGAGGCUCAAAUCGACUUGAGCGACAGUGACGGCGAGGGCGGCGGUGCAGGCGGCCGCAGCUCCAAUGGAAAACGCGGAAGCGGCGGAGGUCCGACCAGUCCGCGAUCCUACCAACCGCGUCCCUCGCAGCAACGGCGGAUACAGCCCCAACUCAGCGGCAACAUGGCUGCUGCCACGGCUGCUGCUGCUGCUGCUGCUGCCAAUGCUACGGCGACGACGACGACGACGGAGGCAGCGGUCCCUGGGGGUGUCGGUGGCGGCGCCACGGCGAACGGAGAUGCUCAUGUGGCUUCCCCUCGUCUUGGUGGGAAGGACUGGCAGCAGCAGCACCCGCAACGCAUGAUUGGGGAGGAAGAAGAGGAGCUCGAGGAGGGCAAGGUGUCGGUGGGGUGUUGCGGGUUUGGGAGGUCCUCCAAGCCAAAGGUUCUGCCGUCUCCGAGGGGCGUUGGUGGUGGUGGCGGGCAUUGAGGUGCGGUUAAAGUGCGAGGACAGGGUUGUUGCACGUGCAGUUUUGCAGAUUGAUAACUAUUUUUGCCACAUGUAUAUUACAGAAUAGCCGGAAUACCCGAGCGGCCUGGCCUAGCGUUGCUGCUUGCUAGAUGAUGAUGGUAGCAAUAUGAUGAAGGGCGGUUAAGCAUAAAAUCCUUAUGCACUUGCAAUGAUACAUUGCAGUUGUCACGCGUACGGCAGUACGAAGCGUACGGAGAAGGUUUACGUACGGGAGUUGUACGACAUCCUUAUCGCAUGGCGUCAUGCGUGCGUGCGAUACCUCAUGGUUUAGAAAUGACUACUGAAGGGAUCAUCUGGGUAGGGGGGGAGAAACGGGAAUUCCGAUCCAAUGAUGGCUACAUGUCAUGGGUGGGUGGCCACAGUGCACCUUUGCGGGGGAUUAAGAUGCUUGCGUACCGGUACAGCGUUGUUCAGCAUUGCUCAAGGGUACGUAUGUGGGUAAUGGCUGCGGUGAUGUUUCGCUCUUCCAUAACAGAGUACUGUAUGAAGGUGUGGAUAAUCUAUGGAGCCUCCUUCUUGAAGGCUUGCGUGCAGUGUUCCGUAUGCUCCGGUACCGGUGGGCCAUGCCGCCUCUCCCUGCGACGCCUGCACCAUUCGCGCAUUACAACGCAUAAAUCGAUACCGGGCUUGCAGUUAGGUGUUCUGGACUGGGAUGCGGUUAACGAUAUGAUGGUGCGCAUGCUUCACCAGGCUGGCUUUGUGUGUUCCCUCAGGGUUCCCUUAGCUGGUGCAAAUGUACGGUACUAUGACAGUUUUAGACCAACCACCUGCCCUCCGUUCUGGGUUCUUCUGGAAGCGAAAGGCGCCGUGAGGCGUGCUGCGAUCUUACCGCUAGUUGUGCUGUCGCUGUCACGUCGUUAUAGUUCGUUGUUGCUGUUGUUGCUGUUUAUUGACAUCAUACCUAACUGUCGUAUUUAUGAGAUCUCUCUCCGUACGCCAACCUGCCCUGUCGUACCGCACGCACUGCAUGAACACUACGAUUGCCGGCACCUGGUGACGGUUCCCACCUUGCUGCUUUUGCGGUUUAGCUGCAUGUUCCUUCCCCCUUGUACAUACCGACGCGUUUGGCAGGCACGCGCAGGGUCGUGGUUGCGUGUGGAGAACGGGUCAUUUGUUAGCCUGUUGUGUGUGGGUAUUCCCUCGGUUGCCGGUGCUUCGGCCAAGACAUAAGGGGCUUUGUGCCGUCAUACCAGCAUGGUCUUUAGUUUGAGGGGGGCG